GUGCACAGAGGCUUGCGUAUUUCACUCUGACAUCUCACUACCAUGUUUUCCAACAUGGUUAGAACAAGGACCUGGAAUUGAUGUACAGAUCAGUAGCAUCCUUGUUGAAGUGGCUGUCGCUUUGAAUUCUUUGGAAAUCUUUGGAGAAAACAGAAAGAAAUUGAAACGGCAUAAAUGAAUUAAACCAGCAUAUUCCCCAUGGCUUCUUCUGCAGACUACAUUGCUCUGAUUAAGGAAUUCCACCAGCACUGGAGAAAAAAAAAUUUCAUAGCCUCUGGUGCUGCCAAUACCAGUUGGUGUGACUUUGUAUCCAGGAUAUGAAAUUAUUACAAAUUAGGAUAUCUGAGGAAAGGCCGUGUGACUGGGCAUGACUUACUGGUAAUGUGAGAUUGGGUAAUGUACCCAUUGCUGUCUCCAGUGCUGCCUUUGUUUCCCAAUUUUUAGCUUUCAACACAUAACUGAAAAACUCUCAGAAAGUUGAUCUAUCCAAAUUAAUCAUCUCUGAAGAAUUGCGGUCUCCUUGAGUACUAAAGCAAAUCUUUCUUCUAUGUGAGACAAAGAUAAGGAAAAACAGCCUGUGAAACACCUGUAAAGAGAUGGCUAUUAUCAUAUGGAAAUUUGAAGAGCUGCUGUGUGGCACAUUCAUGAUCCAAAUGGGAAAGAAUCAACUGUAAUGAUGUUCCAAAAGGCCUUAUAAUGGAAUAAACAAGGGGAAAACAUAACAGCUUGUCACCUGUUCCUGCACACUAGACUUCAGUGCAGUUACCAUAAAAAUAAUCAUGGAAAAUAUGCAGACAGUUAUUUGAAAAGCCCCAAAAUUAUGUGUAGGGGCUCAGACCACAACAGGAAAAAAGAAGCUAUUUUACAUUCACUGUCUACAACCAAUUGAUAAGUCUUUUAGAAAGAGUAGCAGUUGAUGUGAAUUUAUGUUUUGAACCACCAUUUGGCAGAUAGUUGCUCUGGAAAGAAACAUGCCUGUCAAUGACACAUGUGCUGUGCCAGAUGGAGACAAUAGAGAUUUUCGUUAUUUUAUCUAUGCAGUGACAUACACUGUAAUUCUUGUGCCAGGUCUCAUAGGGAACAUAUUAGCCUUAUGGGUAUUUUAUGGCUAUAUGAAAGAAACCAAAAGGGCCGUGAUAUUCAUGAUAAACUUAGCCAUUGCUGACUUACUACAAGUUCUCUCCCUGCCACUGAGGAUAUUUUACUACUUGAAUCAUCACUGGCCAUUUGGGCCUGGCCUCUGCAUGUUCUGUUUCUACCUAAAGUAUGUCAACAUGUAUGCAAGCAUCUACUUCUUGGUCUGCAUAAGUGUGCGACGAUUUUGGUAUCUCAUAUACCCCUUUCGCUUCCAUGACUGCAAACAGAAAUAUGACCUCUACAUCAGCAUCGCUGGAUGGUUGAUCAUCUGUCUUGCUUGUCUGCUCUUUCCUCUCCUCAGAACCAGUGCUGACAACCCAGGCAACAGAACCAAAUGCUUUGUGGGUCUUCCUACCAGGAAUGUCAAUCUGGUCCAUACUGUUGCCAUGAUGACCAUUGGUGAGCUGAUUGGGUUUGUCACUCCUCUUCUGAUUGUCCUGUACUGUACCUGGAAGACAGUUUUAUCACUGCAUGAUAAAUAUCCUGUGGUCCAAGACCUUGGGGAGAAAAAGAAAGCUUUGAAGAUGAUUCUAACCUGUGCAGGAGUAUUCCUAAUUUGUUUUGCACCUUAUCACUUCAGUUUUCCUUUAGAUUUUCUGGUCAAGUCUAACAAAAUUCAAAGCUGCCUAGCCAGAAGGGUGAUUCUAAUAUUUCAUUCUGUUGCCCUCUGUCUUGCUAGUCUGAAUUCCUGUCUUGACCCAGUCAUAUACUACUUCACCACUAAUGAGUUCAGAAGACGACUUUCAAGACAAGAGAGUAUCCAACUCAAUGGAAAAUCCUUUGUGAGCAACCAUACCACUUCUACCCUGACAACUGAAUUAUGCUAAACUAAAACAAAACAUGAAUGUGGCCUGAAAGGCAAGUGUAUCAGAACAUAUUUUUAAUACUCCAAGCCACUGGAAAUUAAUCACAAAAGGACUCACAGCUUUUCAGUUAUGCUCUAUCUUACCUACAUGAAGAAUUCACAUCUUUAUAACAGAACCUGUUUAGAGCAUUAUAGUACACCAUUACUGAUCUUGACAUGUCCAUGCAGUAAUUUGUUAUCAAGUCAGGGUUUAAACUAUAAAACUUCAGUGGCAUUUUAUAUAUGUGCAGUCAAUUAGAGCGAGCAAUUUUUUCGUGAACCUAAGACACAGAGAGACUAUUUGCUUGGGUUCAUCAUAAGCACUUAUUUUUGCUGUAAUGGACACUGAGUCUUGCAAUGUAGUUGUUUAUUUAUUAUAAUAAUCACAACUUAUAUUCAAAUAUCAUAUUUUUGAUUGUCUUUUAAGUAGGAUGAAUUAUAUGUUAUUUUGUGAAAACAAAAUCGUAUAAACACGGGACCAUUUUUAUCUCCCAUGUGUGAUUAUACAGUAGGGUUUGAAGACUUAAAUAACUAUUUCCUACAUUUAAGUGUCAUUAUUAAAGAUCAUCUGACACACCUAUUCGUAAAAUGAAAAUUCCAUCUCAAGCCUUUGGUAUGUUUAAAAUAAGUACAAGAAAGAAAUUCAAUACAGUAAUCUCUAUGACUGUAUAAGAUGUCAUAUUGAAUCUACCAAGGCAGGUAGCUUGCUAAACUACAUACAGUGUGACCCAAAUUGCCUCUGUAGGUUCAGAAAACAGCAUAUAAAUGACAAUCACAGUUCCAGUUCUUUUAAACUAUUUCCAAAGAACAACUAUGGAAAUUUAUUGACCUGCUUAGUAGAAGGAAUUUCCACCAUGCUUCGAGACUAACAUUGAAUAUCUCUAACAGGUCACUGCACUUUUUGAAAGAAGUAGUGCACUAAUUAAUUACUAACCUUAGGUGAGAGCAAAAAAGAUGAAGAGAUGGAUACGCCUUUUUAAAAACUCAUCACAUUGCUUUUCUUACAUUAAGUGGAAAAUGUCAAGUCACCUUCACAAGCUGAAGGCAGCCAGGCAUGUCGACCCUUCAGUAACUUUUAUGGUCCAGCUUUGCCCCAGUGAUACCACUGUGAGGCCUGCACAGCCUACCUCCCAAACGUUGGGGAAGGAGAUUCAUCUUUUGGGAAAAAAGUGCAGAAGACUAAUUUUGGCAGCAUUGGGCUCCCUUUACAACUAUUUGCCUAUUAUCUGUUUUGUACUAGUACACAGAUAGCAUACCCAGGAUAAAAGUAGUAAUUAAAUCUGAAGUUUUAAAUAUUACAUUACUUUGAAACAUGUUUUAGCCAAAACUCUAACUUUAAAAAGUGAUCUACUUAAAAUAUAUGUGUUAUAUAAUAAAGACACAUGCUUCUUCUCAUUUGGAAGGAAUGAGGAAAUAAACCAAGGGCUCCAUCAAAUUUUUAUAAAAAAGGAGUUGUUUUAUGCAUACACUUAUGAUACUAAUAUGA